AUGUCCGUGGACGGGGAGUGGGUGCGCGACGCCGACGCCGACGCCGACGAGCGGCGCCGCCACGCGCUGUACGAGCCCGGGCAGUGCCCGUUCGUGGACGUGGGGUUCCAGUGCAGCGAGAACGGCCGGCCGGACGGCGAGUACUCCAAGUGGAGGUGGCGGCCGACGCGCUGCACGCUGCCAGGGUUCGACGCCGCGAGGCUACUCGAGAUCCUCCGCAACCGCCGGCUGGUGUUCGUCGGCGACUCGAUCGGCCGGAACCAGUGGGAGUCCAUGCUGUGCAUGCUCGCCUCGGCCGUCGCCGACAAGGGCUCCAUCUACGAGGAGAAUGGGAGCCCCAUCACCAAGCACAAGGGCUUCCUCUCCUUCCGGUUCCGGAGCCACAACUGCACCGUGGAGCACUACCGGUCGCCGUACCUGGUCCGCCGCGGCCGCCCGCCGCGCCGCUCGCCGAAGCACGUCGGCGCCACGCUCCAGUUGGGCGCAAUGGAUUCCAGGGCAGCCCGGUGGAAGGACGCGGACAUCCUCGUGUUCAACACGGGCCACUGGUGGAACCAGGAGAGGCUGCAGCGACUAGGGUGCUACUUCCAGGACGGCAAGAAGCUGCAGCUGAACAUGAGCGUCGAGGACGCCUACCAAAGGGCGAUGGGCACACUGCAGAAAUGGGUCCAGAAGGAAGUGAACGCCGCCAAAACACUGGCGGUGCUCCGGACGUACUCGCCGGCGCACGUAAGGGCGACGGACAGUUCUGGAGGGUGUACCAUGGAGACGCUGCCGGAGCUGAACGCUUCCCGGAUCGCCCUGCACCGGUGGCCGGGCGUUCUGAACCCGGCCUUUGAGGCGUCGAAGACGAAGAAGAAGCAGCAUCACGCCGCGGCGGAGCUGCACGUGCUGAACGUCACCCUGAUGACGGCGCAGAGGAGGGACGGCCACCCGUCGGUGUACAACGUCGCGCCGCCGUCGAGGGCGCCGGUGGCGGCGGGGCAGAGGGCGGACUGCAGCCACUGGUGCCUGCCCGGCGUGCCGGACGAGUGGAACGAGCUCCUCUACGCUCUGAUCGUCAGGAGAUUUGCGUCGUGACUCGUGAUGAUAUUAGCUUCUGGCAAAUGUGAGCGGGACCAUUCGCAUUUGCAAACUCCGUGAAAUGGACUGCUUAGGAAAAUUUAAAAAUUUUGCAUGUAGAUAUUG